CGCUCAUGGCGAGGCGGCCGGGGCAGUGUUGCCACUAGCGAGCCGAGUGGGCCGAGUACCGCAGUCGAGCCGCGGCCCGCGCGUCCGAUGGAGUGAGUGUGCGAUGGAGUGGCACAGCCGGCACUGCCGCCCCGCUGCUUGCGCUGCUUGCGCUGGGGCGUAGCGCGCUGCCAGCGCGUCGUGGCGGAGGGUACCCGCCAGCCCGGCCAGGUCGGCCAGGUACCCGUCAAGGACCUUCCGCGCCUCAUCGCGCCUCACCAUGGCGUCCUCCUGCCUGCUCAACUUCGCCCGCUACCCCCCGCAGGGCCACCAGGGCCCGCAGGGGGCGCCUCGCCCACAGGGGGGCGCGUCGGCCUCGCCCGGCCCGGUGGACGUCGAGGAGGACGACGACGACGAGGUCCUCAGCGUGGGCUCCGAGCCCCGCGUGCCGGGCAGCUCCCCCGGAAGCCCCGCGGGGAGCCCCCGCAGCCCCCACAGCCCCCGCAGCGAGGAUCCCGACGAGUGUUGUGACAAUGUGCCGUGCGUGCCCACCAUCGGGGCGCUCAAGUUCAGCAUAGCCAACAUCCUGAGACCCGAGUUCGGGUCGGCGAGGAGCAGUGGGGCCAGGACAGCAGGGCCCACGCCGCCCGCCCCCUUAGUGAGUCCCCCCGGGGCACCCCCCGCCCCCAUUGACUUGUCGCGGGUGUCCUCCACCCCUGUGCAGCCUCCCCCGCCCCCUCCCUCCGUGGCGUCCGUGGCCUCGUCCACGUCCUCGACGUCCUCGUCGUCCACGGAGAACAGCUCGUCGGCGGACCCGCUGCUGUGGCCGGCAUGGGUGUACUGCACGCGGUACUCGGACCGACCGUCAUCUGGUCCGCGGACUCGGCGGCCCAAGCGGAAAGACAAGAGGACCGAGGAGGAGAAGAGGCCCAGGACGGCGUUCAGCGGCGAGCAGUUGGCGCGGCUGCGGCACGAGUUCGCCGAGAACCGGUACCUGACGGAGAAGCGCCGCACCGAGCUGGCCCGGGAGCUGGGGCUCAACGAGGCCCAGAUCAAGAUCUGGUUCCAGAACAAGCGGGCCAAGAUCAAGAAGGCGUCCGGGAACAAGAACCCCCUGGCGCUGCAGCUCAUGGCGCAGGGGCUGUACAACCACUCCACCGUUCCGCUCACCAGGGAGGAGGAGGAGCGGGCCGCGGCGGUGCAGGGCGACGCGUAGCGCUUCGUUGGGACUUCCCUGUGGCGGGAAAAGCUGCCCGCCACCGGUGUCGUGGGGGGAAGGAACCCGGAAAAAUAGAAAUAUUUGACAAUCCUUUAUAUUUUUCAUUGUUUUCUUUCUGUUAUUCUGAGCCAUGCCAAUUAUUAUCAAACAUGAUUUUCGAUGUAGAAUUCUAAAAGACGCCAUUUUAUAGUUGUUUUUUGUUUCAACCUUUUUUUGCCCCUUCCCUGUUAGAUCUCAGUCUCUAAGCCAGUCAUUAUAAUAUACUCUGCUCAUUGUGAUACGAUUGGUAAAGUUUGUGGUGCAACGGAAGAUGCUUGUGGAAUCUUCAGAGUGAAGUGGGGGCGAGGAGCACUGAGCUAAUGUUGUCAUUUACUUUGUGCUCUGCGCUCUCUGCAGUUGUGGGCUUUUGAAAUGAAAGGAACACUGGUUUCUAAUGUGUAUAUUUGUUAAUUAGUCAAGAGUCCUACCCACUUGUAAAUAGUUUUAUAAGCUACUGUGAUUUUUUUAGAAAGAGGGUAUUGUGACUUCUCUGCCGUCUAGGCCGGGUAUUUUGGCGAGCAACUCAAUGUUUGUCUCCUGGAAAAUUUGACUUCCUUCCAAAAAAAAAUGAUGUCCAAGAUGUCGAUGAGAUUGUAGUUUCUAUAAUGCAUCGUAACCUUUUUUUUCGUAAACUGGUGACUAGAAGGAAAUGUAGAAAUAUAGUAGAAAGUCAAUUGGAAUAUGUUAUAUUUGGUGAAAAAGAAAUAAGAAAUGAUAAAAAACGGGCAGGAAAUAUUGGAACUCCGUCCGCAUUGCCCAAUGAAACCAAAGACCUGCAAUACCCCUCUAUAUCAGUUACUAAUUGUAUUUAAUGUACAGCUCGUAAGUCUAACUGUAAAUUUUAUCUCGAGAAGCUGUAAAUGGACUGUAAAAAGAGAACAAUAAAACACAAAAUGUCUGUGUUAACGUUA